AAUUGGUGAUGAGUUGCAGCUGAGCUCUGCUGAAGACCUUGAGUUCGGCCUGAAGUUGUGAAUUUCUCACACUGAAAUUUGAAAAAACAAAAUAUUUCGUACAAUGUCAAACGAUGGGAGUAAAAAGAAAGGGAAAGCGCCAGGUGACAAAAAGUCUUCUAAAAGGAAAGGGAAGAGGAGGGAGACAUAUGCUGUGUAUAUCUAUAAAGUGUUGAAGCAGGUGCACCCGGACACGGGCAUCUCGAGCAGAGCUAUGAGCAUCAUGAACUCAUUUGUGAACGAUGUGUUUGAGCGCAUCGCCACCGAGGCAUCCAGACUGACGCAGUACAACAAGCGCUCGACCAUCACAAGCCGCGAGGUGCAGACCGCUGUGCGUCUGCUGCUCCCAGGCGAACUUGCCAAGCAUGCUGUGUCUGAGGGCACCAAAGCUGUCACCAAGUACACUAGCUCCAAAUAGCCAAUUUGGGCUGGAAUAUUUAGUUUUUGGAAAUAAAAUUGCACAAAAAUA